AUGCUCAAAAGGUUCAAUGCCACCGCCAUCGCGCUUCUACCUAAGGUCACAGGUGCAGACAGGAUGUCACAGUUCCGACCUAUCUCCCUUUGCUCCACUGUUUAUAAGGUCAUCGCUAGAAUCAUUAAGAAUCGCUUAAGGCGUAUUAUUCCCGACGCCGUUCAACUUAAUCAGGCAGGGUUUGUUCAAGGUAGGCUAUUGUGCGAGAAUGUGCUUCUAGCCUCAGAGUUAGUGACUGCCUUUGACAAACCAGCUGAUACCACUCGGGGUUGCUUGAAAGUGGAUCUAUCAAAGGCGUACGAUAACGUGCAUUGGGGUUUCCUAGAUAACGUGCUCCAGGCUAUGGAACUUCCUCACAUUUUCAGAGAAUGGAUCAAGGAAUGUGUUAUGACGACAUCUUUUAGCAUCUCAAUCAAUGGUGAAUUGGCAGGGUAUUUCAGCGGUAAGAAAGGAUUAAGGCAAGGCGAUCCUAUCUCUUCGCUUCUGUUUGUACUUAUAAUGGAUGUACUUUCCAGACUGCUAGACAAAGGAGCAGUGGAGAGCACCUUUGGUCUUCAUCCCUCGUGUCAGGCUCCAUUGAAUCUCUGA